AUGUUCUCACCACAACGUCCAUCUCCCAGUGCUUACAUUCUACAGCGCACACAGUCUCUCGUCACUCCAACACUCAUCGACCUUGCCGUUGACCCCGUCUUCAUCGCUCGACCACCACAGCUACCAGUUCGCAAUCAUCUUGAGAGGUGGCAAGGCCAAUAUGGAGGACCUAGUGAGGAGACACUUUCUGCGUUCGAGAAACAUCCAUUGGCUGGGGAGAUAGUCAACAAUGUGUCAAAAGUCUCGAAUGCGUCGGCAGCAGACGUAGAGACGGAGGGCGACCGAUGGUUUGCCGGCGAAGAUGAUGAUGGAGAGGACCUCGUUACAAUCGGUCUUUUCCUGAAGCCUGGCGAUGUAGUCGAACUCUCGCAAUCUGGGCGCGAACCCAUUCUGGCAGUUUUUGUACAGCAGCUCGACAAUGACAGCCAGUUCUACACCAUCAACGGCAAGUGGGCGCACUCCAACCUCGGCCAGAUAUCGUUCGCUAUUCCAGGCUGCGUCGACCCCAUGCUCCUUCAGCCUAUCAUCCCAUUCCUACCGACGGACCCCGAUAAAGCCAACCCUAAAGGUGAGGUUCACGUACCACCUGAGAUUGCUGCUCCAGUUCAGGGGCUUCUUGACGACCUGGCAGCGCACUCUGAAGCAGUCUAUCGCCAAAAUGCACCGGUGCUGGACACCGCUUACGCUGUGCUUGCGGACAACAGUCGGACUCGCAUGAUGACACUCGCGCAGAUUGCGAAAGCUUUGCUUGGUCGAGGAGACACCGCGUGGCAACCUUCCUCAUCGGAUCUCCUGGCGGUGCGAAAAGCCCUGAACCAUAACGCUUUUCGUUUUCGGUCUGAUCAACGCAGUCACAGACUGACCAACGUGUUUGCCAUUCGUCCCAAGAAGGAUGUUGAGAUCGUUGAAACGGUCCACGAGUGGAUCCGAGAGUACUUUGAGUAUCGAGCAAAGACUGCGAACGACUCGCAAAAGGACGUUCUGCGCCAAAAGGGCGCAGAGAACAUCUUUCGAUUUCUCCAGAAGGCUCGCAGACUCAUUGCGAAGAGCAGAAAGUAUCGCGAUCCUGCCUCGGGCGGAGUGGGACCAAACAAGAAUCGAGAUGCAGAUGCUUUGACACCCACGCCUCGCAUCGUGACCGAUGAAGCAUUUACAAAGACCGACAACGAGAUCAUCACGUUUUUGCAAGCCUGGGUUCUUAACAAUCAAUUCCAGAAUAUGAGUGGUCUGCACUCUGCCUGCACUGAUCUUGUCGCGGCCACUGGCCUCUAUCAACCUGGCGUCAUUCAGCACUCCGCUGAAAACGAAUCGCAAGCCGAUCUAGUGCGUCGCGCGACGGGCCUUGUCUUCCUUCAAGAGAUUGGGGUCGUCACACCCUACGAGAAUCGCUCAAUCUACGAUGAGCAGCUAAUGCUUCCGACUGUCAGACUGUCACGCAACUUGGAGGUAUUGAACGAGAAGGCGAAGUUGCUUCAAAUCACCCCUGACUUUCGUGAUUCCAUGGCUCGCACGCGUCGGGAUUGGGGUGACACGAGCAUCUAUUGCAUAGACGACCUUGGGGCCCAAGAGAUUGAUGACGGCAUUUCGAUCGAGAACGUCGACGGCGCUGGUUCGGAGUUCUGGGUCCACGUGCAUGUCGCUAACCCAACCGCGUUCUUUGAUAAAACACACACACUUUCUAGUCUAGCGGCACACAUGACCCAGACCGUCUACACACCGGAACAAACUUUUCCUAUGCUGCCAAAAUGGGCUACAGAAGAUCACUUCAGUCUGCAGCGCGACCGGCCAGUCAUCACAUUCAGUUCCAGGGUCGACCGUCAAGGUGACGUGCUUGAGACCAAGAUUUCGCACGGUAUUAUCCGUAAUCCAGUCUCGAUAACACCUUCAGAGCUGGCUUUGAGCUUGGGGGAGAAGGCUGAAGGCGAGAGACGGAGACUCAUUGUUGGUGGCAACGCUACAACCGGUGGUGAGACUCGACUUCCUCCGAGCAUCAAGUCCACUCAAGUCGAGGAAUUGAGAAACCUUUACUUGGUGGCCAGGAGGCUUUCAAAGAAGCGUCAAGAACGUGGCGGUAUCUCCAUGUUUAACAGCUCACCGAGCGUGCGUGUCUUUGAGAGCGACAACAAGCCAGGGUUGACAUGGAACCCCCCUUCUACCGAAAAGUCGCGUUUUAUCAAAGGAGAUCCCAUCAUUAAGAUCUCCAAAGCUGCGCCAAAGGGAUUUUUACGCUUUGACAUGGAUGCUACCAAUAUUGUUGAGGAGAUCAUGAUGUUGGGUUGCACUGCGGCUGCCACCUGGUGUGGUGAACGAGGCAUACCGGUCAUGUUCAGAGGCUCAAUUGCCCCACCAAAUGUCAAUCGAGCACCGUCAGAGGAACUGAAGCAUGACAUCAUGACAAACUACUUGGCGAAGCACCGGAACCCGCCACUUCGACUUACCAUGCAGUAUAUGGAGUCGUUAGGUCGGGCUAUCGCCCACACAUCUCCAUUGCCACAUCGGGUCAUUGGAGUCUCAGGCUAUGUUCGAGUGACAAGUCCGCUCCGGCGUUUCAGCGACAUGGUAGCCCAUUGGCAAAUCGAAGCUGCCAUGCGAUAUGAACAGAAAACAGGGAAGAUGUUCAACGCUGCCCAAGUUGGCGUUCAGAAGGGUGCACUACCUUUCUCACAACGCCAGAUUCAGGAGUCUAUCAUAACUCUCUCGCCUCGCGAAAAGCUUAUCGCUACCACGCAGCGAAACGCUGUCAAUCACUGGGUGUCCCAGGCAUUCCUUCGGGCUCUACAUUACGGUGAAGCCGAGUUGCCGUCUACUUUCAAAUGCUGGAUCAGAUACAUCGACUUGGGAGGAAAUCGACCUGGUUCCAAGCCUAUGGCGGCCGGCCUCAUGCCAGAGUUUGGUCUGAGAGUCGCGAUCCGGGACAUGGAAGAUGCUCAAUUGGGUGACGAGUGGGAAGUUGCUCUAGACAGCGUGGACCUGUUCAACGCACGAAUUUACGUCAAGCCUGUUCGACUUUUGAAACGAGAAAUGACCGACACCGAAUAA